GAAAUGAACAGUUUCGUGAAAUACGAUCACGGGUCGUCGGCCAGUGAAUUUUUCGAACGCACCCGGCGCACCGAUGCCGAUUUCCGAAAAAUGAUCUACAACUUGAGAGUUGCAAUGUACAAGACAACAUAUAAGAAAUCGUUUUAUUGGCCGGAAAAUAUACCCAAAUCCAAUGAUUACCAAAUCGAAACUGGAUUUACUAUGAUACCGAAGCCAAAUGAAGAUCAUUAUAAAAAGCUGUAUACACCUGAAAUUUUAAUAUCCAGACAAUUGAGUGAAAAUAAAAGAAUUUUACCUCCUUUGGAGUACUCAAUAAGUGCCUCACCAAAUUGUCAAGACGAAGAUUUAAAUGACUCAAAUACACACGCAAAAUCUUUGUAUCAAGAGAGCUAUAUAAAUUGGACGCCAAGUCAAGCACAUAAAAAAGAGGAAACACCAGAAGAGUGGGCUCAGAAAUGGAGAAACGAGUGUCACAACGUUCGAGAUGCCGACGAUUUAGUGCAUGACUUAUCGAAUCGAAUUAUCAAAUCGCGAAAGAUGAUAUUAAGUAGAAAGAAGAUUGGCUAUGUUUAA